GGCGUGGCAAGGCAAAAGCGGUGCGAGGUGAGUCGAAGCGAGUCCGAGGCAGGUCGAGGCAAGGCAAGGCAAGGCGAAGCGAAGCGAAACGAGGCAACGCGACGCGAGUCGGAGAGGUAAAGGCGAAGGAAGGCAAAAGCGAGGCGUGGCUCUGUCGGAGGAGCGGUACGGCCCUGGGAGGCGGUGGUGAGGCCUCGCGGAGGAGCAGCGACGACGAGGAGGUGCACCGCACGGGCCAGACAAACAGACUGGCACUGGCAUCGCGGGAGUCGGCGGCAGUGGUCACCGGUGCUCACCGAGACGCUCCUCGAGAGUAACCCGUGCGCGUUUUGGCGAACAUGCGCCGCGUGUAUCCUUUCAAUCGUUCUUUGGCCGGUUGAGCAAAGUGCGCGCAAUGUGUUUCGUCGAUCAUCGAUCGAAUUGAAUCUCGAUCAUCGCGGGACAAUCGGCGAGAAGAAAAGUUUGAAAAGAUAGAGGUGUACCAGGAAGGACAUUGGUAGUACUGAAAUUGUAGUUUCGCGUACGAGUGGUGUGUCGUUUUGAAGGAUCGAUAAAAAAUCGAUCGAUACCGCGGUUGGAUCGCGGCUCGAUCGCCGCCGAGUCGGCGGUCCCGUUCGGCGUCCACGUUGGUGGUUCGAUAGGAACGACGACGACGAGGACAACGUCGUCGUCGUGCGAGCGCCGACGUAGGAGGAGGAGGAGGCGGUGGCGUAGGGGAAGGUGGUGCUGGUGGAGGUGGUGGUGGAAGCGGCGGGAGGUAGAAUGGUGCCUUCCGGCCCGUGUCGAUCUCGAGCGGAAAGACGCGCCGAGAUGUCGCCGCGCCGUCUCGCGCCCCUGCUGAUCCUCGGGACGAUCCUCGCCGGGCUGACGAGCACCGCCGCCGCGGAAAGGAUGAGCGGCCUCUACGUCGACAAUGGUUUCGACCAGACGAUCGUGCACAGGGUGGUCAGCCAACGUGAGAAACGCGAGGUCGAGCACGAGAUAUUGAAUCUUCUUGGACUGCCUGAUAGGCCGCGGAACACAGCCGGUAGACCUCCCCAGGUGAAAAGGUCGGCGCCAAAGUUUCUCUUGGACAUAUACAAGAAUGCUCUCGGCGAGGACGAGGACGAGAAACCGAUCGCCGAGCAACGAAGCGUCAGCGAGUUCGAUCUUACCGGUCAGGAUCUCAGGGCCAUCGACCAGAGCGACGUCAUCAUGACCUUUGCCGCUCACAAUCAUCACGUUCCUGGAGUGAGGCACGAGCGUGGAAAAAGGCUCUGGUUUGACGUGUCCGAGGUACCACCUGGGGAACACAUAAUUGGCGCAGAGCUUAGGCUCUAUCGCAGUAUGGAUGUGAAGAAUAGAAGAAACCGUGGGUCAUACAUGAUCACGGCUUACCGUGUCUUAAGGACCGAGGACGGAACGAGAGAAUUGCAAUACGUAGAUGCAGUUAACACGACAACAGGAAAAGAGGGAUGGUUGACUUUGAACGUCAGCGAACCUCUGGAUCAUUGGGUUAAUAAUCCCGAUGGAAAUAAAGGAUUGUACUUGUCGGUUCAUCCUGCUGAUCGUUCCGUGCAUGAAAUGAGACCAGAAGACAUCGGAAUCGUUGGAUUUCGAGGUGAUCCUGACAAACAACCAUUUAUGGUUGGUUAUUUUAAAAGUUCUGGCAUCAGGGAGACGAAAGUACGACAGAAACGAGAUGCUAGGAGAAGAAAGAAAAGCGAGUCCUCCAGUUUGGAUUAUCGGAAUAAUCCGUACACCGAUCCUGGUGUGCAGUACAACUCUAGGACCUGUAAAAUCCAAACGUUGUACGUCAGUUUCAGGGACCUGAAGUGGCAGGACUGGAUCAUAGCACCGGACGGGUACGACGCAUAUUAUUGCAGCGGCGAAUGCAAUUUCCCUCUGAACGCUCACAUGAACGCGACCAACCACGCGAUCGUCCAAACGUUGGUGCACCUGGUGAGCCCUGGUAAGGUGCCAAAACCUUGCUGCGCCCCGACCAAACUCUCGCCGAUCUCCGUGCUGUAUUUCCUCGACGAGAGCAACGUUAUACUCAAGAAGUACAAAAACAUGGUCGUCAAGAGCUGCGGUUGCCAUUGAUCAGUCGACUAAGAAUCUCUUCCAGUCUUGGGAAUUAAUUCGAUGGAAGAAUCACGAUGUUGAUGGAGUACAGACUUCCUGCUGGAUUGUCAGUGGAUAACAAGAUAUCUUUCUUGCACACGUCGAUUCGAGCUGUUCCAUAUUGUUGUUAAUUUUGAUCAUUGUGAAGAAUUUUAAACACCGAGUGUAUUUCUUUUUUCAUUCUUUUCAAGUUGCUUCAAGGGUCUAAAAACACGUUGGAACUAUUUCAGUUUUUCUUUUUUCAUUUUAAAUCCUCUUCUGAAGUAUAAUCACUCGUAUCGGCUCGAUCGAACUUAAAUUCCAGUGUCUGUACGUUCGUGUGUUAACAAAAGUGAACAAGUUGAUCGAUGGUGUAUCUAUGCGACGCAAAUGAACAUCGGUCGUCUGGUGCCAAAUUUCGACUAGUAGAUAGUGUAAUUCACGAAACAAGUGCUUCCGUACUAACGAUCGCAAGGAUUUCAAGAUGGGAACUUUGAUCGACAAAGAGGUGCGAUCCGACAGGUGGUUUAGUGGAUAUUUUGUAAUAUAUACGUAUAAGGUGCGGAUAAAUUCGUUAUGCAAGGGAGAAAAGGGUGAUAUUAAGUGCAAAAAUAAAUCAGAAUUAUGAAAUACAUGUAUAAAUUGAUAUUACAUUAGUACAAAUUCAGGAAAUUUCAUAAGUAAUCAAUAUGGUGGCCAUCUUAUUAUGUAGAGAAAAUGGUGGGACCCAUGGAACCCUAUAGAAAUAUUCAAAAAUUUGCAGAUAAUUAAAAAAAUAAAUAUAUUUACUCUACUUAGCAAAAAUAUACUAUUAGUUAUUUUUUACAACUGCAUACCAUCUUUAUAAUAAUUUUGAAAUUCUUACAUGAAAAAUUAUUUAAUUCGGAAUAGUUGUUGGAAUUUCAAGAACCAAAGUUUAUAUAUUUUAUCACCUAAAGUAUGUAAAAUAAUUUUGACUUAAUAUUGAACAAGAUAUCACCCUUUUCUUACUAGUAUAACGAGCACCACCGCAAUUUUGUAUAUGCGUAACAAUUGGAGUCACUAAUUGAUACUCCAAUACUUUUCUUUCUUCCCUACUCUCAUCUUUUUUAAUAUCUCAUCUAACGUCCAAACGUUCAAUCGGAUAAUAUUAAUUACUUAGUGAUAUUAAUUUAAUGACUCGAACCCCCAUUCGAUUAUAUCAUAGUCUGAGAGACAAUGAAUUCUCAACAAGUUUUCACUUGUUUUACAUUUUUUACUCCAGAAACACACAAGCGCCCUGUGGUUUCUGCUCGUCAAUGGUAUCUAUGUAAGCCGGUAUAAAGAAGAAAAUCAAUUUCUUGUAAAUUAGACUUAUUUUAUUUAUAUUUGCGAGUGAAUAAGCGUCUGAUCAAACGAAGAGGAAGAUUGUAUGUAAUACUCGUAACAAAUUCAUACGUGUACAUACAGAGGGCUGUUUCAUAAGAUAAAACGAAGAUAGAAGACGAUAUUUCUUAAGAAAAAAAAAAAAAAAAAAAAAAAAAUGAAAUAAAUUGAU